GAAUGUCCAAAACUUGGCCGACUCUACUGCCAGUGGUGUUGUUGGUGUUGGGCCACUGCCAGUGCGAGUUCUUAGCAGAUGCCUGGAUGAAGAGCAAUGAGCUCGAUGUGUUUGCCACAGCAGCACAACUGGCAACUGGAGCCACUGGAGCCAGUGGAGUGCACACGAAUCGGGAGAGAAACAACAACAAUGUAACGCUGGCAAACGAGUCGGAGGAUUUGGAUCCUUUGGCACCGCAUGCGGCUGCUGCUUCAAUGAUGCCAUUGUCGCAGCGUAAACUCUCGAGGGGUAAACGCUUUGUGGCAUUUCCAUUGGGUUCAUCGGCUUCUGCCGCCCUCUGCCUGACCACAGGCGUCAUCGGCAAUCCCCACUUGUUGUAUCUGAGUUUUGGCCUCAAUUGGGGCAUUGCCUACAAUUUGCCCAAUAUCACAUGGGUCCUAAACAAUGCCCACGGCUGGAACACAAAAAAACCCAAUGCGGCCCUAGUCAAAAUCAAGCGCAGACAUCGCCGUGAUGUCUACGGUAACUUGGAGACCAUGAUAGACAGCAUGGGUUACAAUGGACGGGAUUGCAUCUUGCGUACGCUCUGUGAGAGUCGUCAAUAUUUCCAGAGCACCAAAUUGAAUAUGGUCGGUGAGAUGAUGCGCUCAAUCUUCAGUUUACCCAAGCAACGCAUUUUCAAGCGUGAACUGAAUGAGAAUGCGGAUAUUGUGCACUACGAUAACGCUUAUCGCUACGCCCAUGAUGUCGAUUGUGCUCAGCAAUAUGAUUGUCAGUUCUCGCUGCUGGAGUUGGCUUUUGGAAAAUACUCGACACCGCCGAAAAAUUAUUAUGCCCAAUAAAUUGCAAUACUUAAAAUUA